AUGGGCCUGCCCAGGCCCGGCCGCCCACUCCUGCUGCUGGUGCUGCUGCCGGCGGCGGCCUCCUGCUUCGAGGGGCCCUGCCCACUCCCCUGCCGCUGCCAAGGGCAGCUGCUGGACUGCAGACACGCUGGCCUGGCCACCAUACCCCCCGCCACACGCCGACAUGCCCUCUUUACCCUAGAUUUCACUAGCAACUCAAUUUCUUCCAUCAAAAAACAAGCAUGGAGGGAAUACCCGUGGGCUGAGUCCUUGGUCCUCCAGAACAACAAUCUGCAGGCAGUGAAGAGGCAUUCGCUGGAGGGUCUGUUCCUGCUGAGGCACCUGGAUUUAUCUUUCAAUAAAAUCCUGUCGCUUGAGGGACGCGCUUUUGAGCCACUUCCUUUUUUGCAGCUUAUAAACCUGAGUGGAAAUUUCAUCACACAGAUCCAGAAUGGCACUUUCCAGGCAUGGCACGGGAUGCAGUUUUUACAGAAGCUGAUCCUAAGCCAUAAUCCCCUGUCUGUUAUUGCUGACACAUCGUUCUUCAAUCUGCCUUUCAUCAACUAUCUAAACCUGGGUGGAACACGAGUGACUCGGCAGGCAUUGAUCAGGGUCCUCCUGAGAACACUCCACCUGGAGACGCUCAAACUGUCCGGUAACGUGGCCUGCUGCCUCUGCCAGGAGAACAACAUCACCGAAACCCCCUGCGUCGAGGGGGUCCCUCAGCGGACCGUCGAGUUCCGCUGCAAGAAGGUGUGCUCCAACAGUACUUCCCAAUGUGAUCCUCUGCCAGAGACACAAGGAUUAAAAAAAGAAGCGCUACAAUCUGGUAAACUCAAAGCCAGCACGAUGUCGAACCUCAGUCCCAAGGAGACUUUGCUCGGAGACCAAGAAAUCGUGACACUUAGGAUUGUCCUGAGCCUGGCCAGCACUGACAGUGAUCUCAGUAAGGCCAGUGAUCACAAUUCCAGAACAAAUUCAUAUCCCCCUCAGCACCCAUCCAGGCAGGAAAGCAAAACCAGCAAGGAGCUGAGGCAGAUGCUGCGCAGGAUUCAGCACACGCACCAGAUCAGUGAAAUCGAGAUAAGUAAACUCUAUUUUCUAGAAAACCUGCUAAUGGCCGAGCUGAAGAAGCUGCACAAGCCUAAAAUCAUCGUGACUGUGAAAAGCACUGUCUCACCCCUGCCAGUGCCUGCUGCACACGUGCAGGAGGUGCGGGGGAUCCCAGCAGUGAAGGGACAGACAGCCAGGGGCUGGGUACGAAAGCAGCGGGACGUAGGAUUGAACCCUGCAGCCCUCAACCCCUACGAAGCAGCUGCAGAAGCCCCACAUCUAUCCAGGUCUUUUGAGAUUUAUUCCGAUACAAUGGAACAGAGUGAGAAAACCCCUGGGAUGGAGGAUGUGGAGAAGGUAGAAGGUGCAGAGGAAGCGCUACCUCCAAGGCAGGACGAGCAGAGACUGAACACAAACCAGCAUUUUCUCUAUAACCCGCUCAUUAACAGCCCCCUCACUGCAAGCAGCACGCUAGAGGACACAGCUGAAGAAGAGAAUCCCUCCCUACGUGGGUAUUUUCCAGCCAUCCCUCAAACCACAGAAACCCACUGGAAGCAACGAAAGGAAGAAUCCAGUUUCCUCAAUAAUUCAAGUAGCUCCAACAGCCCAGACGAUGAGCUGGUUCAAGGAGACCUCUUUGAAACCAAGGUCAACCAUCACCUGCGCUUCCUCGUCCCCAACAAAGCCGUGCGGGCGUUCAUCGCCCGGGUGGCACGAGCCCUGAAGAUGGACUGCCACCACGCCAAGCUCCAGGUCUCCUGUGCCAAGAUGAUCUCAAAGACAGGGAUGCUCAUAAAGAUGCUCAGCGAGAGGCAAAACAACCAGGUAGCCUCUGCUCUCAGGGAGCAGUGUCCCCAGGAAGAGAAUGUUCCCAACGGCACGACCCUGGCCAAGGAAACGGGCGGGAAAGUCACAAAGGAGUUGGAAGUGAAGCACACCGUGGCUAACGGGACCCUGUUAGCGAUGGUGGUGUCUGUCCUGAUCAUGGCUGCUCUCAUAAUGGCGUGUCUCUUCGAGACUUGCUCCCGAAGAUGUGCAAACGUUUUCCAAUUCCAAAGCACUGGGAAAUCACGACCAAGAAGGCACUAUAAAAAAAAACUGCUCAGGGGACAGAGAAAGAAGGAUGGUGUUCAGAAGCAGGGCCCGCCCGAGCCGGAGUGGCUGCGGGACCUGUACCAGCCCCUCACCUCCCAGCAGGAAAAGGCCCUGGCCCAGCUGCGGGACACCAACACCUCGGAGGAAGAGGAGGAGAUCUUCAACAAAGCCCAGCUACGCUGA